AGCAAAACAUAUAAUAUAUAUUCCUUCAACGUAAGAAAUUUGAUAAACGGAACUAGUUUUAUCUGUACGCGGAUAUAAGUAGUUGAUAUCAGACAUAAAGACGGGUACCAAAACGGAAGGCACGUGACUAUGAGUUGUACGUGGUUGAAGGCGACCUACCGUUAAUGGAAGUCAGCCAUUUUUGCAGAUAUAUUUUCAGCGGUAUCAGCGCGAAUCUGAGUUUUUGGAAGGACUUUUACAUUAAAGUCUGAAAUGAUUCAUAUAUGAUAUUGAACUUGAAAUUACAAUGGCCUUCAGGAAUUCAACGUGUCUGCAAGCAUUGUUUGUAUGAAUUGGUUGGAGAAUAAUUCGUGAACAAUGGCGAGACUUGGGGAUGUUUUCGGCGUCCAAGAAAUGACGAACUGGUUGAAGGCAUGGCUGGCAUUGAACAUCACAAAGGAUGGGUUGCAUUAGUUCGUUGACAGAGAAGUAAAACAGUUUCAGACAGGAAUAUAUCAAAACAUCACGUCAACAUUAGGUCUGUCGGCGAAUACAACAUGUACAAGCUGCUUGACUGCUAAUAUAUUACUAUGCCCCACACAAGGGGUAUGCAACAAACGCGGGGGGAAAUCAUGUAUAUCCAUGCAUGACACACCUAGCAAACGGCAUCGACCUUGUCCACUUAGCAUUUGCGAGGCAGUUCGUGACCAUAUUAAGAACAAUCAUCGGUUCUAUGGACCCUCGUGGAAAAACACCUGUGCUGAGCAAUGGGCGUGCAAUCACUGGCAAAUUGGUAAAUGUUUUAUGCCCCCAGAUGGAUAUAUUGGAGUGACGUCUAUUCGGGAUACAGAUUACAACGGCGUCAUUAGUGUAAUUUUGAACUGUAAACACUUUGAUAACCUGAUGUCAUUUAGCAUAGCUCCCAUGUCGUUUGGUCCGUGUCUUUUAACAAAGGCGCGUGACAUUGGCAAAGCUGUCCGACAUUCUCCAUCGUGUGAAGUAACAGACUCUGACCUCAACGACUAUUUUAAUACACUAGAAACAUUGCUCAAUGAUUCCAAGACACUAGCAAACGACAGUAACGCACAAGAUGCGGUCAGCAAGUUGAAUCUGUUACGAAAAGAGAGCACUAUUUCUUUGGCGGAAAUGAGUCAAUUGCUAAAAGAUGCACACGAGGCUUUAGGAAAGGCUGAAAACGUGACCAAGGAGUGCAAGUCACAAAUGGAAUCAUACAUAGAACAACUGAAGAUAAAACUGGAUGAGCACGCUGAAACACUUAUAAAAAAAUAUACAAAAAACUUUACUGAGGAGGCAAACAUGUUUUCAGAAGUAAGAAAAGCAAAUAUUACAGAACAUGCAAAUACGUGCACAGUAGAAAGUAAAAGACUCAUUAAUGAACAUGCAAACACAUGUACUGAAGAAAGUAAAAGAAACAUUUUGGAACAUGCUCUCACAUGCACAGAAGAAAGUAAAAGAAACUUAACGGAACAUGUUAACACACUUUCACAGAAGUCCAUACAAUAUAUUCAAGGAGCUAACUCGUCGAAGCAAGAAAGCGACUAUGAACAUGAAGUCGAAGAUUUUGUUGGGCGAUUAAAACAUCAUUACAAGCGCAAGCUGAGUCACGUGUCUAUAUCAACAUUAUUGCCAAGUGGCGACGAAUCCCUAAAUAAGAUCUAUGCAGCGCCCGCAAUAUGCCGAGUAGUUGAAAGCAGCGGCGGGAAAAAAACCGAAAUUCCAAUUACAACUUACAAAGAAAUAUUAUGUACGGGUGAAAGUGAAAAAAUAAACAAGUGCAUAUUUUUACAAGGCGAAGCUGGCAUGGGAAAGUCAACGUUUGCUUCUAAACUGGUAUUGGACUGGUGUAAUCAAGGAGGUGAAUUAACAUCUUCUGAAACGUUUGUUGACGCGAACACGUUGCAAGAAUUUAAACUUGCAUUAUUAAUUACUUUGAGAGAUUCUGUUUGUGAACGCGAUGUCACUAAUAUGAUCAAAGAACAGAUUAUCGACAUGGUUUAUACUGAUACAGAACGAAAUGACGCGUAUGUUAUGCUAAAUAAAAUCAUGCGACAAGAAUUGUGUUUGGUGGUACAAGACGGGUUAGACGAGUGGAAGGAUCUGCAAGGGAAACUAGCUCAGCCUAUCAUGCUUUCCUGUUACAGCCAGUGUACAGUUUUUACUACAACAAGGCCAUGGAAACUGACUGAUGAACUCAUCAAGAAUUCUCAAAUUGACAGCUUAUUUGAACUUAAAGGUGUCCGUGAUCCAUAUGAACUGUGCAAAUCACUCCUUGAUAGCUUUGGCUGCAAUACAUUAAAAGAGUUUGAACAAUAUGUAUCAGAAAAUGAACUACAUGCUUUAUUGUUGUCUCCAAUGUUGCUCUCGCUAAUUGUAAGUUCUUGGGUCGACGGAACACGAUUGACAGGGUCACGGUGCGAUAUAUACACUGUUUUAGUUGACGCUCUUUUUAAAAAAGCGAGUGAAAAGAUUAGCUUUUUUGUUCAGCCACCAUUCGUGUGCUUCCAAAACACACGUUACCUUCAACACAAUUUUGAACAUCUGCAAGCCAUUGCCAAAGCAGCAUUUUUUAUGUUGUUUUCAGCAGAGCGGGAACAAUCCCUAGUUAUAAGCGAUCGACAAUUGUCACACUGCCUGACACAAGAACAGAAAUACAUUGCCCUUAAGACCGGUAUUAUAACGGAAAGAAAAUGUGUCAGUAGAACAUAUCAAACAUCCACGUGUUCAUUUAUUCAUAAAAGUGUUCAGGAGUUUCUAGCUGCUGUUCACAUAGCAGAAAACAGUGCAACUCUUCUUGUCGUUUCUAGAUUUUUUGCCGAAAAUUUGAACGCGAUGUUUGAAAAUCAGGUAUUUAUUUUUUUGUGCGGUUUAAACAUUUUUUUAGCAAAUGAAUUUUCGCGAAUUAUAGACAGCACUAUGAAUACCAAGUUUUUGUUGUCCUUAUACAUAGCGGGAUUUAUCGAAGCGCAAGCAAAUGUCCAGAAUCCAAAUGAUAUUGAUCUUAAACUCAGCCGUUUCAAUGUAUUUGAUUUUGAUGUUGAUGACAACGCUUUUCUUCGCAUCUUGCAAAUGAACAAGUCCAACGCUAAGCUUCUUGAAAUAUAUCUUUAUUCACGGAACAUAUUACUACCACCGAACGUCCUUCAUGGGCUUGCGCAACUAAAGGAUAUAAAGUUGGAGGGCUGUGAGUGUAAAGGGUUGGACUUAUCAUCAUGUCAUAAUCUGGAAAUAAUAGAUCUUUGUGGUGAAGGAAUCACGCUACAGCCAAAUGCCUUUAAUGGACUUGCGCAACUGAAGACAUUAACGUUGUCUGAAUGUGUGUGUAAAGGACUCGACUUAUCAUCAUGUCAUAAUCUGGAAAUAAUAGAUCUUAAUGGCAAUCGAAUCACGCUACAGCCGAAUGCCUUUAAUGGACUUGCGCAACUGAAGACAUUAACGUUGUCUGAAUGUGUGUGUAAAGGACUCGACUUAUCAUCAUGUCAUAAUCUGGAAAUAAUAGAUCUUAAUGGCAAUCGAAUCACGCUACAGCCGAAUGCCUUUAAUGGACUUGCGCAACUGAAGACAUUCACGUUGUCUGGAUGUGAGUGUAAAGGACUCGACUUAUCAUCAUGUAAUAAUCUGGAAAUAAUAUAUCUUCGUGGUGAAGGAAUCACGCUACAGCCGAAUGCCUUUAAUGGACUUGCGCAACUGAAGACAUUAACGUUGUCUGGAUGUGUGUGUAAAGGACUCGACUUAUCAUCAUGUCAUAAUCUGGAAAUAAUAGAUCUUAAUGGCAAUCGAAUCACGCUACAGCCUAAUGCCUUUAAUGGACUUGCGCAACUGAAGACAUUCACGUUGUCUGGAUGUGAGUGUAAAGGACUCGACUUAUCAACAUGUCAUAAUUUGGAAAUAAUAUAUCUUCAUGGCAAUCGAAUCACGCUACAGCCGAAUGCCUUUAAUGGACUUGCGCAACUGAAGACAUUAACGUUGUUUCGAUGUGAGUGUAAAGGACUCGACUUAUCAUCAUGUCAUAAUCUGGAAAUAAUAGAUCUUUGUGGUGAAGGAAUCACGCUACAGCCGAAUGCCUUUAAUGGACUUGCGCAACUGAAGACAUUCACGUUGUCUGGAUAUGAGUGUAAAGGACUCGACUUAUCAUCAUGUCAUAAUCUGGAAAUAAUAGAUCUUUGUGGUGAAGGAAUCACGCUACAGCCGAAUGCCUUUAAUGGACUUGCGCAACUGAAGACAUUAACGUUGUCUGGAUGUGUGUGUAAAGGACUCGACUUAUCAUCAUGUCAUAAUCUGGAAAUAAUAGAUCUUUGUGGUGAAGGAAUCACGCUACAGACGAAUGCCUUUAAAAGACUUGCGCAACUGAAGACAUUAACGUUGUCUGCAUGUGUGUGUAAGGGACUCGACUUAUCAUCAUGUCAUAAUCUGGAAAUAAUAGAUAUUUGUGGUGAAGGAAUCACGCUACAGCCGAAUGCCUUUAAUGGACUUGCGCAACUGGAGGAAUUAAAGUUGGAUGAAUGUGUGUGUAAAGGGUUAGACUUAUCAUUGUGUCAUAAUCUUGAAAUAAUAGAUCUUCGUGGGAAACGAAUCACGCUACAACCGAAUGCCUAGAAUGGACAUGCGCAGCUGAAGAAAGUAACGUUGUAUAGAUGUGAAAGUAAAGAGUUGGGCUUAGCAUCUUGUCAUAAUCUGGAAAUAGUAGAUCUUUAUGGUAACGGAAUAACGCUACAGCCAAAUAUCUUAAAUGGACUUUGGCAACUUAAGACAUUGAAGUUGAAUGGCUGUGAGUGUAAAGGCAUGCACUUAUCAUCAUGUCAUAAUCUGGAAUGUAUAGAAGUUUUGAGUAAAGACAUCGUACUUAAAUCCAAUGCUUUUUAUGGACUUGAACAGCUGAAGAUAUUAAAGUUAGAGGGAUGUGAGUGUGAAGGGUUUGACAUAUCAUCAUGUCGCAAUCUGGAGACUAUUGAUCUUCGUGGUGAAGGAAUCACGCUUCAACCGAAAGCCUUUCGCGGACUUUCACAGCUGAGGACAGUUAAUUUGGUGGAUAUUAAAUGUAACAGUUUGGACUGUUUUUAAACAAUCAUAAAAGAUUAACCACGUGAAACGCUGCUUGCGCAAAAGGAAGUAGUAGUAGUUAUUAUUUUAAAUAAUAAUGUAUUCUUUAAAUUUCCAACUGGUUGUGGGCUUUGUGUUGCUAUUAUUUAGCUGUAUAGUUUAAAAGUCAUUGAAGUGAUAUGUUUACCUCACUUGAGGAUUUGUAAUACAGUUAUAUAAAAUAGGUAUUUGCAUACUCCUCAUAAUGAAAUGGUAAAAUUCUCCAACUGCUAGUGAUUAUAAACACACACACACACGCACACCCACACACACACACAUAUAUAUAUAUAUAUAUAUAUAUA